CAGACCCACGUGACGUGCGGUGGGAUACCGCCUCGGCAGCGCUGUAGCACACCGGAGAUGCCAAGAUGGCUGCAAGCAAUUAUUAUGGCUUCACACAUGGUGCUGCCGGUCCGCAAUACAGUGCCCAGCCUCCUCCGGCCUACUCCCACCCCUCCACGGCCAGCUACACGGUGCAGCAGGCCCCGGCGGUGGCCCACGCAGUGACCGCCUCCUACUCCGCAGCCCCGGUCCAGGCGGCCAGGCCGGUGGCCUCGGCCCCGUACUCCGCCUACCAGACCCACCAGGCUCCGCCCGACUAUGCGUACAGGCAGCCGGAGCCCCCCGUGCCCCCUCAGCCCGUGACCGCGCCGCAGACGUACCAGGUCUACACGGACACGGACAACUACACCUACGGGAGACCGCCACCAGUCACAAGCUACGAGACAAAGCCGCAGUACUACCAGACCAGUAUAGCCCCGGCCCAGAGGACGCCCGCCGAGAGCUACUACCAGACCAUCGCGGUGAAGAGCGGCUACAGCGCGGCCCCCACCACGGUGUACAGCCAGCCGCCGCCUCCCCAGAGGCAGGUGACGGCCCUGAAGCCCCUGGCCCCCGCCAGCGCCGUGUCCGCCAGCUACAACAUCUACCCGGUCUCCACCAGCGUGCAGCAGCCGCCCACCCCCAUCUCCUCCUACGCCCCGGGCUCCGUCUUCAGCUCGGCCGCGGCCGCCACCUCCUACUCUGGCCUCAGCUACUCCAGCUAUGAUUCCACAGGCUACACCUCCACGGCCACGCCCUCCUACUACCAGCCCCCCCAGCAGACCCUCUCGCAGCCCCCGCCGCUGCCCCAGCCGCCCCCCCUCCAGCAGCCCCCCAAGCAGCUGACCAGCGCCUCGUGGAGCAACGCGGGCAGCAACAUGGUGACGGCCCCGGCGGCCAACGCCUACAAGAAGCCCAUGUUCCACCAGAACAAGCUGCAGAAGCCCAAAGGGCCCCCCAAGCAACCGCAGCUGCACUACUGUGACAUCUGCAAGAUCAGCUGUGCUGGCCCUCAGACCUACAAGGAGCAUCUGGAGGGGCAGAAGCACAAGAAGAAGGAGGCCGCCCUGAAGUCCGGGGGCCAGACGGGGGCCCCCAACGGGCCCCGGGGGGUGCAGACCCAGCUACGCUGCGAGCUGUGCGACGUCUCCUGCACAGGGGUGGACGCCUACGCCGCUCAUAUACGCGGGGCCAAACACCAGAAGGUGGUGAAACUCCACACCAAGCUGGGCAAGCCAAUCCCCUCCACGGAGCCGGUGCUGGUGAACUCUGCUCCAGUGUAUACCACCACGUCGGCGGGGAAGUCCUCCACCGCCACCACCUCCGUGUCCGCCUCCACCCUCUCCUCCUCCUCCUCCUCCUCCUCAACGCCAUCGGCAGCAGCCACAGCGCCUGUAUCGGGAGCCAAGCCAGCUGCUGCGAGCGCCGCCGCCAAACCGACAGCCCCCCACGCAAAGAAGACGCCCACCCUCAGGAUCGCUGUUUCCAGUAAGGCCGCCCCGGCCCCCGCGGUAGCAGCGGCCCCCGCGGCCGCAGCGGCCCCCAAGGCAGAGGAACCCAAGCCCAAGGCGGCGGCGGCCAGGCCCAAGGACCCGCUGAGUGAGGACGACGACAGCGACCGAGCCGGAGGCCAGAGCGACGUCCAGCCAGUGGGACCAGACUAUGUGGAGGAGGUGUGCAACGACGAGGGCAAGGUGAUUCGCUUCCACUGUAAACUCUGUGAAUGCAGCUUUAACGACCCCAACGCUAAGGACAUGCACUUAAAGGGGAGAAGGCACCGGCUCCAAUACAAAAAGAAGGUGAACCCGGAGCUGCCGGUGGAGAUCAAGCCCAGCAACCGGGCCAGGAAGCUGCAGGAGGGCAAGCUGAGGAAGCAGAAGCAGAAGGCCGUGCUGAAGAGGCAGCGGGACGACGAGCAGCGCUGGCACCUGGAGAUGAGGCGUUAUGAGGAGGACAUGUACUGGAGGAGGAUGGAGGAGGAGCAGAUGUACUGGGGGGAGCAGAGGCGCAGGUUGACCCCGCCCCCUCUGAUGAGUCGUCCCGGUAUGCCUGUGCCGCCACUCCUGACGUGUGUGCGUCGGCCGGACUCUCCAGACGACCGGCACAUCAUGGCCAAGCACUCCACCAUCUACCCCGUGGAGGAGGAGCUUCAGGCCGUCCAGAGGAUCGUCUCCCACUCGGAGAGAGCCCUCAAGCUGGUGUCUGACUCCCUGCUGGAGAAGGAGGCCCCGGUGCCUGCACCCGCUCCGGAUCCCGCUCCCAGUCCAACUCCCGCUCCUGAGGAAGGAGAGGAGAAGAGUGCGGAGAGCCCUGGGCGGCUGCUCAAAGGGGUGAUGAGAGUGGGCAUCCUGGCCAAGGGCCUGCUGCUUCACGGGGACCGCAACGUGGAGCUCAUCCUGCUCACCGCCAAGAAGCCCACGGCGGCCCUGCUGCAGAGCAUCGUGGUCCAGCUGCCCAAGGAGCUAGCCACCUUUUCUGAACAUCAGUAUGAGGUGCAGGCUCACCCUGACGAGGCCAGCAUCGUGAUAUUUUCGAGCAAGGAGCCCAAAAUGCAGGUGACCAUAUCUCUCACCUCGCCGCUGAUGAGGGAGGACCCUGCCGCCGACCGGGACAAGCAGGCAGCCGGCGAGGCGGCGGAGAAAGGCGUGGCCGACAAGGACCCCGCGGACGUCCUCGACAGGAAGAGGUGCUUGGACUACCUGGCGGCCCUCCGCCACGCCAAGUGGUUCCAGGCCCGCGCCAACGGCCUGCAGUCCUGUGUGAUCAUCAUCAGGGUGCUGAGAGACCUCUGCCAGCGAGAGGCGACCUGGGGCGCCAUGCCCGCCUGGGCCAUGGAGCUGUUGGUGGAGAAGAUAAUCAGCAGUGCCCCCGGCCCCCUCAGCCCCGGGGAGGCCAUGCGCCGGGUGCUCGAGUGCGUCUCCACGGGCAUCCUGCAGCCAGGGGGCCCAGGGCUGCUCGACCCCUGUGAGAAGGAGCCCACCGACGCCUUGUCCAGUAUGACCAGGCAGGCCAGGGAAGAGAUUACCGCCAGCGCACAGCACGCACUGCGUCUGCUGGCCUUCCGUCAGAUCCACAAGGUGCUGGGCAUGGAGUCCCUCCCGGCGUCCAAGGCCAGCGCGCGCAACCGCAAGCGCCGGAGAGACGCCAGCGACGGCGGGGACGGCGACGGGGAGGGCGAGGGUAAAAAAGACAAAAAGGAGGAGGAGGCGGUCGCCCCCGACGACGACGACGCGUGACCCCGGGGGGGGGGCUGCCCGGGGACCCCUGGAGAGGCACUCGUAGAAUGUCGCAACUCUAACCUUCUUUCUUAUCUUAAACGACAACAGAAUAACCCUAAAACACAGGUAUACAUAUUAUAACAUAAUUAUAACGGAAACGUUUUUUUCCUUUUCCUUUUCUUUGUGUGCGUGUGUUUGUGCCCUUAAAGCGAGAGGAUAGGAGUGUGGUGGGAGGGAGGGAGGGGGGGUAGGGGAGGGAGGGAGGGAGUGAGGUGCCGGACCUGUACUGUGAUUUGCUCCUCGCGUGCGGUCGACGACUCCAGAAGUACUGUAUUGAAAACCACUGCUAACGUCGGGUCUCUGUCGAGAGGCUCCGGGGGAGCUCAUGAUUGCGUCAUUCCAUUUCUUGAAUCCCCGGCAUCGCAUCCCAGCCCCAGCUGCUGCAUUACGACGGGUGUACCAGCCACUGUUAACCUAGCCCUUAUAUUAAUAUAUUAUUUUUUAUUUCUUUAGCUAUUAGAGACUUAUUCUGUCUCGACGCCCAGACCACUUUCAUUUCUCAUUUGACCCUAAAACGAACAGCCUCUUUCAGCAUUGUUGUGAGACAUUCUAUACCGUUUAGAAGUUGACAAAAAGAUUGUUUAGGAAUUGUUUCUUGGAAACAUUAGUUUUUUGUCUUUUUUUUUUUUUUAUGACCCGAGAAGAAUCAGUGUGUGCAUCGGCUGCAUACUAUACUAUAAGGUGCCUAAUAUACAGGAAAUGACACGUUAACACGGAAAUCAGGGCAAAGUAAGGCAAGGUCGCUGCUCGUCGUCACGUUCAUCUCCAGAAGUCAAACGACAAAGGAUCUGCUGAGAUCCAGCCAAAGGCCGGUGUCAUACCCUCAGGCUAGCUCUCCAUACAGCUCCCCCCCCACCACCUCAGCAGCACCUCUGCGCGGCCAGUGUACCCUCAUGUACACGUGUUCCUCACUAACCCUGCUGGCCGUCUUAUCCAUCCAGCUAGUUCCUCUGCGGUUCUCCUGUAGGUCCUCAGAUUAAGCUCUCUGCCACCAUGGCAACACAGUGGAGCUCACCGGCGUUUGUUACGUUGCACGCAAAACUUUAUAACCUCAACCGCAACUUUUUUUUUUUUCAUUUGCCGCAAACACCAUGACUGAAGUUAACGUAGUUCCAUUUAUUAAAUAUUUACAAACUAAGCACCACCUCUCAACUGUCCACCCAUGAGCCGAAGAAUCCGCGUCAGACGGGUGUCACGUCUGCAGAUCGGAGGGGGACCGUUGAAGGUUUAAAAAUGCUGUUUGGUUCUGUGGUGUUGGAGUGGGGGCGGAUGUCUGGGUAGACGGUCUCACAGCAGACAAACUUCCUGGAUGGAGAGGCGAUACAUUAAUCAUUAGGGCCGGUUUAUUUGGAGCGCGUUCAACUGGCCUUUUUAGGUGUGUCAAACCUGCGGGAUCCAUUCUGUCGCACGCGCAAUCAAUUUGCGCAACCACACACAAAAGCUUUUGGUGAGGGACGAAAACGUCUCUGAUGGAGUCUUAUAUUGCACAGUUAAGCAUGCGGGGGCAAUGAAGCACUUAUGAAAGGACGAUGUUACUAUAUGUGGCCACGUUGGCAUCUUUUUACUGAAUCUAACAAUCUUAACUUUACACGGUGGUCCACAGUGGAGACACUUUAGGCAGAAGACAAACGUAUGACUGAAUCCAUCUACUGUAAUGUUCAACGGGUUAGUCGUUGUGGGCUUGUUUCCUUGUGCCUGAAUUUUGUUUUAGAGAUUAGAUUUUAAGUACUACAGGCCAAGACAUUUUUUAAUUAAGAAAGUUGUUAAUAUAUCAAUGCAAUAUUUUAAGGAUCUCAUUUCACAAUGUAAGUUGGGUGAAUUGCACAAGCCUUUUGACUGAUUUGUAUGAGUUUUAGGUCAUUUAUUUUCCUUUUCUCUGGAACAUUGUUCACCGGUUCAUUGAGGGUUGUCGUAAUGGAUUUUGUAUUGUUGAAGUGUGCUCGUUGCCAUUAUGUUAUUUGAAUGUCUUUGUAGUGCUACCUACAAUAAAGGAGAAAUAAAUACUUUUAAAUCAGA